AUGGCCUAUGCCAACUUUGCAUCCUCCUUCCCUCCACUGGUCAUCAUCUUGGCAUCCAUAACUGGAAGCAUGAUUCCUGUCAAGGCUCGGCACCUACUUGAGAUUGCCAUGCCUGAGCUUCCCAAGCCCGAAUUACCAUCACUGCCAGGUUAUCUUCCAACUUUGCCAAAGCCGGAGCUGCCUGCGUUGCCAAAGCCAGAACUUCCCCCCAUCCCAGAACUUCCCCUAAUCCCAGAAGUUCCAAAGCCAGAGUUGCCAACUAUUCCAAAAGUGGAAGUACCAAAAUUGCCUGAACUGCCAAUCCCCUCUCACUCAAUCAGUCCUGAAGUUUUGAAGCAACUCGCCUUAUGA